AUGAGACACAAUCAGACCUGCGGCCAGUCGCCCGGCAGGGUCACCGUUUACGUCAAAUCUGCAUCAAGAGCGCUCCAGAAAAACAAGCUUCUUAUGAAGCGCUACCAGGAGGAGAAUUCUUCUUCCAAUAGCAGUGCUGCGAAAAGGACCAGAGGGCCGUGUCUCAUCAUACAGCGCCAAGAGAUGGCCGCCUUCUUCCAGCUGUUUGGUAAGCGAAUUGUAUACUAAUGGCAUGGGUUUUUUUCUUCUCUUUGUCUGCAGUACCUCUUGGCAAUGACAUUUGUUUAUUUUAAGAGAGCCGGAUACAAUAUAAAUGAGUAUACGAGAGCGAACUUCUUUACAGCUUUAUAUUUGGCAAACACGGUAGAAGAGGAUAAUGAAGAAGCUAAAUACGAAAUCUUCCCCUGGGCAUUAGGAAAGAACUGGACAAAACUUUUCUCAGGCUUCCUGAAAGCAAGGGACGAGCUGUGGUCACGCGUCCAGCACAGAGCCGCUGUGAGCAGACGUUGCUGCGAGGAGGUGAUGGCAAUCGCUCCGAUACAUUACAUCUGGCAGCGAGAGCGUUCGGAGCAGCACAGUGGUGCAGUAAGAAAUUAUAAUCCGGAUGAAUCUUAUCUUCCCCGUGGUCCAUCAGGUACACCUCCAGACUGCGUCCUGUGCAGAAAGAAAGGUCGAAUCGUGGCCCUGGGAUUAUCAAGCUCCUCCUCAUCCUCACCUGAUGCUACACCAGUGAGAAAGCAGAAAGUAGCACGUGUUUCUGCAGAAUUACCUAAAGAUAAGAUGCUGGUAGACCCACCACAGUUCUGCCACUACUUCCAAGUUAAUCAAGAAAAUGUGACCAGAGGAAGCUCCAGAUCCCAAGACAAGUCCAUGGAGUGGUUCUCACACAGCGAGUAG